UAAGGAAGCGAAGGAAUAAAUCAGGGCAAUAUGAGAAAAGGUUAAAGAAAUCCCAAUCCGAAUCCACCGAUGUCGAUCACUCCAAUUUCAGAGCCGUGAUAUCUAUGUACACAUAUGCCCGCCUUCUUCGUCAGGCGUGCACCACGUGAACGUGGACUGGAUGCACGGCAAGGUGACGGUGACGGUGAGCCAGAAGAAGUUGCUCCGCGCAGCCCGGCGCACGGGCUGGCUUGCCGUGCUGUGGCCGUCCGCGUACAACCCGGCGUGCCACCACGCGUACGCGCAGCCGGCGGCCUACUACCAGUACCAGGCCAAGCCUGCCGCCGCUCACGCGCACGCGCAGCACCAGCACCAGCACCAAUACUACGGCUGCAAGAACAGCGUCUCGGUGGUGGCUCGGAAGCCGAUGGCGCAGUUCCCCCAGGCCAAGGCCAGCUCCUACAAUUACCAUGUUCAUGGCUACUAUGACUCGGAUCUUUACGGGAGCUACCAUGAACAGCCCAACGUCGUGCCGGUCGCCGUGCGGAGCUACUUCAGCGAUGAGAACCCAAGUGCUUGCUCGAUUAUGUGA